GGUUACAUGAAAUUCCGAUACCCCCUAAUAAUGAAUAGCCUGACAAUUCAACUUAAUUUACGUAUCAUUCAGGUUAAACUGAAGUUUGAUAUGCGACAAUUUCAGAAUAUGAAACAGCUCACGUGCUUUGUUGCAGAUUGCAAACCAGUAACAAAAGCAUAAUCAUAGACCGGAAUAGAGGCAUCAACAAAGCAAUCGCCGAAGGAAGUAGUCAUGGGCGCUGCUCUUUUACUUAUUAAAUUUAUCGGUGUUGGAAUUUUGGUACUCUCCGCAGCGAUACUCGGAUUCGCUGCUUAUAUUGUUUAUAAUCGACGUAAAUAUGCACACAUUCCACAGCCGAAAUUAAAAUCAUUUUUCGGAGGUCAUCUGGGAAUUUUGCAUCGAGGACGGGAUUGUACUGCAAUUAUAGAAUGUUGGAUAAAAGCAUACGGAAGUAUACUGUGUAUGCACACUUACCACUUAUCACGAAUUUUGGUUUACGACCCAGCAAUCGUGAAAGAAAUAUUAAGGAGUGAACAUAAAAAACCUCGAUAUUCCUGGUUUGAGAAUAUUUUUGGAGAACGUUUCCUUGGAAGAAGUUUACUUACAGAAACUGAUCACCAAAAGUGGGCAUCUAAGCGGUCAAGAUUAAAUAAGGCAUUUCACAAAUCAUCAUUGAAGCAAAUGGUUCAUCAGUUCGAUAUGUGCGCCAGAGGUCUGCUUGAUCAUCUAAAAACACUAGCUGAUGGUAAACAAGUAAUUCCGAUGGCUGAAAAAUUCAUGCUAUUAACUCAAGAUAUAAUUGCGAAGGUUGGUUUUGGAUUGGAUCUUGGAGUCUACGCCGAGGAUGGACUUAAGUUUGACCAAGCACUUUCAGCUACAUUUCGCCUGAAAUGGGUUCAUUUCUUACCACAGUGGUUUUCGUACCCGCCAUUUGGAAAGAGUCGUAAACAGCGUAGAUUAUCCACGUCGGCAUGCCGGAUGAUACGAAGUCUAGGACGUGAGUGCAUCCUGAAGAGAAUGGACGACAUGAGAAACGGUCACGAGACUCCAAUAGAUUUGUUGCACUUUAUCCUGCAAGAGUACACAAUAGACAAGUCCUCGCUUACUGGCGACUGGUUCGAAAGAAUCGUCGAUGAAUUUGUAACCUUCUUUAUAGCAGGUAACGAAACAACAGCAGGCCUUCUAUCGUUCACUGUAUUGUUGCUCGGAACACACCCGGAUGUUCAGGCAAAGGUUCAAAAUGAAAUUGACAAUGUAAUUGGCAGAAAGGAGAAUAUUGAAUACCAAGAUUUAUUAAAACUCAAAUAUUUAUCAAUGGUCUUUAAAGAAGCUCUACGACUCCACCCGCCUGUGAACAGUGCCAUCAGAAUUACAUCCUGUGAAGUAACGCUAAAUGGUUACACAUGUCCAAAAGGAACAUUUAUACAGUGUCCCCAUGCGCAUCUAUCCAAACUCGAACGGUUUUAUAAGGAUCCACUGAAUUUUUAUCCUGAGAGGUGGGCGGACCCAAGCUGUACCGAAAGUGCCAACUUCAACUAUCAGUACUUUCCGUUUUCAGCUGGUCUCCGAACUUGCAUUGGAAAAGAAUUUGCUCUCAUUGAAGCUCGUUUAUUGAUGGCUAGAAUGAUGGAAACUUUCAAUAUACGCCUGGAGAAACAAACCUUCGAUGUUGCAACAGUAGGAGGCACCAUACGUCCACGCGACGGAUGCAUCGUAACACUGACUCUUCGCGAAUAAACUGAGCAUUUAAUCAUACUGUAUAUAAUGCCACAAUACCAUAAGUUUGUUUAAUCAAAGUAUGUUUAUGUUUGAUUUUUUUUUAAAUCUUAAAUAUUCUUUUUGUUUUGUACAAACCGACAAAAAUGCACAUUUUUUUUGCAAUAAAUAUCGCAGCAGACCUACGGUAUAAGAUGAUAAAUGCCAGAAAUACAUGAUAAAGGCUCUAUGCUAAUAAUGUUAAUUCAAAACUACUGCUAAAGUAUUAAUUGUUAACAAACAUCAAUCUGACGGGAAAUAGAUGAUAGUCAUGUGUCUAUCACCAAACUAGAGUUUAGCAAAAACGUACGGUAGGCCUACCAGAACAAACUAGAACAAAAACUUUUGCGAGUCGAAUGGCCGAGCGGUUAGCAGGGGCGCCGCAAGCUAUAGCCAUAAUAUCGGCUCUGGUUCGAACGGCACGCUGGCCUGUGGUUCUGGUGGUAGAACAAAUCUUCUCGGAUAAGUAGGCCCAGUGUAUACAAUGGCUCGUGUGCAGUAUAAAUAACCCAGUACAUCCUUCGAAACGAGUGGGGGGAUACCCCGGUGUACUGGAACAGACACCACAGUGGUGGACGAUGAGUGUUGGUUGCACCGGGUUACCGAGUAGCACAGACACAAAGGGACCCUUAGGGGCGAAGAAAGUCAUUGAUCGAGUUCCUAGUCCACACAUCAAGCGCCUUGAGCAACAUUAGAUGGAUAUGUGCGCUAUAUAAAACUACACUAUCAUUAUUAUUAUUAUUAUUAUUAUUAUUAAAACGCCACAAAACUACAGUAUCACGGAAGUGUCAUUUUUAGCUUUUUCACAACUAUUCUAUGAUAGAUGCAAAGAAUGUUUUAACAAUCAAUUAGAUAGAUUUUAAAAUGUCUACAGCCCCAUUAAUACAAGGUAUGUCAAUUGCGCAUUAAAACAAACGAAAUUAAAAUAGGGGCAAGAAGGGUACCACUAUGCACAGGUAAGUUAAUCAAUCUUAUCUUUACAUGCAACCUUCCCAACUAUGUCUUUCCUAACCGAUCACGCGCGUCUUCUGAAAACCCACUGAAAGUUUGUGUGUUCGUGAAAAUGCAAAAUCCAUUUUCCUCGGUUUGCGGGCUAAUUAUUCUAAUUGAUUAAAGAACAUACUUUCAGUCUUAACAUCUAGGUUAAAAGUUAGAGUUCGAUGUACAUAAUCAAAAUGCCAAAAAAAAAAAAAAAAAAAAAAUACAAUCCUUUAGCUUAGUAUAGUGUUUCUUUGUCGUUACUAUAUUUAUUGAACGAUCGUUGAAAAUAUCAACCUAAACAUUAGAAGAGGCUGCCUGUGUCUUAGAUGGAAAGACAAUAAAACUUGCAGGAUAUUUGAAUUAAGAUUAGUCGGUUUUUAAAUGCAUGCUUGUAGACUUGUGUAGAUUAACUUAGUGUUUUAUUUCUCUUAUAUUUUGCUAUUUUACAUUUAUUGUAAUAUUUUUUUGUAUGCUAAAGUUACAUUCAAAUAUGCAAGAAAUCAUUGUACUAAUGCCGCAUACAACAAAGUACAACAUUUGUUUCUUGGUAAUGCAUUUUGUUGAGACAAGUUUAUCGAAACAAUCAACUGAACACAUUCAAUGACAUGGGGGAUGGGAUUGAGGAGAGUACGGGGUAAUUGUAAUUCUGUUACGAAGAUGGUCCCCCAUAUAAAAAUGGACGAGUCUGGGGAAUUAUAGUCAAUAAUUAUGGGUGAAAUUUGAUUGGAAGGGAGGUGAGGACUCGAAACAAAGAGGUCCGAGAAGGGUUGCGGUGAGUAGACGAAAAUGGUUCGAAAAAGGUCGUUGUAAUUACAAUGAAUGAAUGUAAAAUGUUUUUGAUAAAAUAAAAUUUACAUGACUAUA